AUGAAGAUCGAUCUGCAUACUCACAUUCUGCCGGAGAACUGGCCCGAUUUAAAAGAGAGGUAUGGAUAUGGUGGAUGGGUUCAGCUGCAUCAUCAUUGCGUGGGCAAGGCAAAGAUGGUGAAAGAUGGGAAAUUAUUCAGAGAGAUUGAAGAAAACUGCUGGUCCCCAGAGGCUCGUCUCAGGGAAAUGGAUGCUACAGGAGUUGACGUUCAAGUGCUGUCGACAGUUCCUGUUAUGUUUGGUUACUGGGCAGAACCAAAGGAUACAUUAGAUUUGUGUCAGAUUCUGAACAACCACAUAGCAGCCAUUGUCAAGAAAUAUCCAUCACGUUUCAUUGGAUUUGGUACAAUCCCCAUGCAAGCUCCAGAUUUGGCUGUCAGAGAACUGAUCAGGUGCUGCAAGGAGUUAGGCUUUCCUGGAGUUCAGAUUGGAUCUCAUGUGAAUGACUGGAACCUUGACGCCCCUGAGCUGCAGCAGAUCUUUGCAGCGGCAGAAGAAAAUAACUGUGCAAUAUUUGUACAUCCUUGGGAUAUGGAACAAGGUGGACGCAUGAAGAAAUACUGGUUUCCUUGGCUUGUGGGAAUGCCUUCAGAAACAACAAUAGCUAUUUGCUCUAUGAUAUUUGGUGGUGUGUUGGAAAGGUUUCCUAAACUACGAGUUUGUUUUGCCCAUGGCGGUGGUUCAUUUCCUUUCACUGUGGGUCGAAUUGAACAUGGAUUUAAUGUGAGACCAGACUUAUGUGCCACAGAAAACUCUGUAAACCCUCGAAAUUAUUUGGGCAAGAUCUACACGGAUUCUCUGGUCCAUGAUGCUGAUGCGUUGAGACUUUUAGUUAAUGUGAUUGGCCAGCAUCGCGUCGUUCUUGGCAGUGACUAUCCAUUUCCACUUGGGGAGCACCAUCCUGGAAAACUAAUUGAGUCUGUUGAAGAUUUUAGCCCAGAAUUGAAGCACCAGCUUCUUGCUGGCAAUGCCUUGGAAUUCCUUGGUCUCAGCUUUAGCGACUACACAACUGCCUUAGCUGAAGGAGGUGUUGAAAUUGAAAAUGAAAAAAUAGAAGUUGAUUAA